GGCCUGGCUGCGCUUGGCUGUAGUUUCGCUGAGGGACAGGCCAGGCGAGGAAACGGACGAGGGUCCAUAUCUUGGCUGACUGACCUUCCCAGCUGACUGGCCAAAACUCCCUCAUGCCGCUUGGACUAGGGCGUCGGAAGAAGGCCCCACCACUGGUGGAGAAUGAGGAAGCCGAGCCCAUUCGAAGUGGCUUGGGUGGGGUGGGGGUAGGUGGUGUUAGUGGUGUGACUGCUCUUCAGCCUGGCCUUCCCCCACCACCGGCUAACCUCCGCCCCCGCCUUGUUUUCCAUACACAACUGGCCCAUGGCAGUCCCACUGGCCGGAUCGAGGGCUUCACCAAUGUUAAGGAGUUGUACAGCAAAAUUGCUGAAGCCUUCAAAAUCUCACCACUUGAGGUAAUGUUUUGUACCUUAAAUACCCAUAAAGUGGACAUGGACAAGCUUUUGGGUGGCCAAAUUGGCCUGGAAGAUUUCAUCUUUGCUCACACCAAGGGCCAGAGGAAAGAGGUUGAAGUGUUCAAGUCUGAGGAGGCUCUGGGCCUGACUAUCACAGACAAUGGUGCUGGCUAUGCUUUUAUCAAGAGAAUCAAGGAAGGCAGCGUUAUUGACCGGAUUCAAGUCAUCAACGUUGGGGACAUGAUCGAGUCCAUCAACGGUCAGAGCCUCAUCGGCUGCCGGCAUUACGAGGUUGCCAAAAUGCUCAAGGAUUUGCCCAAGGGCCGCACUUUUACAAUGAAGCUCACUGAGCCCCGGAAGGCUUUUGACAUGAUCAGUCAGAGGGCUGCAGGAGCCAAACGCAGUGGGAGCACUCCGCUUGGCACAGGAAGGGGCACUCUGCGGCUUCGGGCCAAGGGACCAGCCACUGUCGAGGAACAGCCAUCUGCAUUCGAAGAGAAAGCCAUUGAGAAGGUUGAUGAUCUUCUGGAAAGUUACAUGGGCAUCCGUGACACAGAGCUGGCUGCUACCAUGGUGGAGCUGGGCAAGGACAAGCAGAAUCCUGACGAAUUUGCUGAGGCACUGGACGAGCAGCUGGGUGACUUCGCCUUCCCAGACGAGUUUGUCUUUGAUGUCUGGGGAGCCAUUGGGGAUGCCAAGGUUGGGCGCUACUAGGACUCUGCAUUCUGUUGGACCCUGCGGGCAGGACCAUUGGGCAGGCCCACUGGUGGGCCUGGCACAACACUGUGCCCUCCCCUUGAUGCUGGGCCACCCGUUUCCUCUCUGUAGGGCUGGGCCAGGGCUACAGGGGCCAUAGAGCAAUAAGUAACCUGCAUCGGUGACAGGAGUGUAAUGUGAAGUGGGACAAGAACAACUUGUUGCUGCUGCUUCCCACCGCCCGGAGCAUAGAGACUCCUCCCUCGGAUGAGUGUAGUCUUCCAGGAGGACAUCUUGGCAGUUUCCUUGUCUGAUUUAAGCACUGUUCUGUGGGCCCUAUUUUGGCCCGUGCUGGUUCCCAAGCCUAUCCUUGUCUGAGAGAGAAGAUAACAAGAUGCUGAAUCCAAACCUGAGAGGGUUGACACAUUGGCCUUGGCAUCCUGACACACCUGGGGAGUCCCACAGGCACUGGCAGUGGAGAUGGGCCGGUCAGGGGCGGGCCAUGUUAGCUGUUUGCAACCCCAAAUGCUCCUAACUGCACAUAUCUGUUGUAAGCAGAUCAAGGCCUAAGAGGGGACACGCUGUCUUUUUCUUUCUUUCCUGGAAUUAGCAUCCUCUCUGCCUUGACUCCAUUUUGGUACGAGAUACAUGUUGGCAUGUCCUUUCUCCGGCAGUAGGCUUAUUCCACAAAGGCAGUCACGUUCACUCUGUUGCAUGUGUACAUGAACACUCACGGCCUUUUUAGAGAGUGCCCCACUUGGUUAGUGUCCUUUGGCUCCCUGCAGCUGGCUUGUAGGCCUUAAGACAGGGUAGACAUUCUGUGGUUCUCUUCCAAGUUAAAGCAGCACCGUAUUAUAAAGUAAAGAAGCUGGAGAAGAGGAGGGGGAUGCACUUGCCUGUCUUGUUUUCUAUAGAUGCCCUCCCAUUGUGCAAAAAGGGAAAAAAAACCUGUGGGACCGGGCACCAGUUCUGCCCCAGAGGUCCAAGGUUAUUCUCCUUAAGGUGCUUCUUAUCAGCACUUGAAGGCCCUCCCAUGACCAGCAGCAGGGUCCCUUCACUGUUCUCAGUUUGGGCAUGCCCUUGUCAAUAUCUGUCUCGACUAAUCUGUUCAUUUUUAUCAUACUGACCUACCUCCCAGAGUGGCCCAGUUAGUGUCUGCAAAGCUCUCUGUAUUAAAUUAUUUAUCUCUCAGUGCCCUACACUCCCAACAUGUUGAUCCUCUGGCUAGUGUUACAUCCAGGCCUAUAGUUUGGGCUGUGUCUGGUUGUCUCAGGAGCUGAGAAGGUCCCCUUGAACUACACCUCACAACCCCAGUUCACCUACUGUAUCUUUAAAACUCUAACCCUAGAUAGGAUAUGGAGCCUUGUUGCCCUCUGGACCACACCUCAAGUUCCAGAGAGGGCAAGACCUCUACCAAGCCCUGCCUACCUGUGUCCUGGCACUGAAAGUUUCUUGGGUGGACUAGGCACCAUGUUCUCCUUGGGCAUAUUUUUGUAUUCUAUGUGUAAAGCAUCUUUAAGAUAAAAUAUAU